AUGAAAUUCCAAACAUCGGGUGGGAAUAAAUCUCCUGUGCUUCAGCUUCAUCGCGUUGUGCGAGUAGGGGAUAAACUAGACACACAUGUCUUCACGUUCAUAUUACCUCCGCAACUUACCCGGGGAUUUCUUCAGUCAGCUCAAUCCAAAGAGUUUGUUUACGGGGGACAGAAAUGGCAAAUUCGGUUAGAAUACUACAGCGAUCCGCUGGAUCUGCAAUCCAGAAGAGGUUCAUAUGUGGUACAUUAUCAGAAACAGCCACUGGGAGUUGUGCUACAAUCAUGUAGCGUAACCAACGGUAUAAAAAUUGGAUUGGACUAUGCUCGUUUUACGAUUCUCCAUCAGGAACACUUCAAUCGAAAUUUGGUUCGAGAGGAAAUCGGAUCACAGUUCAUUCAGGUACAACCCUUUGUAAAAGUUCCCCGUUGGAUUGAAUCCGGUUUUCUAUCAAAGGAACAUUAUCUGUUUGAUGAUUGGUCCGCGAUUAUGGAAGUGGAGCUGCGAGGUGCGGUCACUGUGUAUGAGGAACAGCUUCGUGUACCUCGAGAUUCGAAAGAAGCAAUGCGCUGUCGAAGUCUUGAAAGCACUAGCUUCCCUUUUGCCUAUGCCGAUUGGAGCUUAUCAAUUGAGUGGAGGGGAAGUGGUGAGCAUAGUAACAAUUCUGAACGUGAUAUAAGACCAACCUUGUCAAUGCAACGUCAUGGACGGACAAAACAUUGGACACGAGUCCGUUUCCGAGCCAUCAUUACGUGGCAUGACCUGGGUACUGUAAAAACCGGAGUAAUGGAUCAGCUUUUAGCUCCCGAGAGCGGAGCAUGCACCAACCCGGUGCCGUUUGGUGAUCGCCGCUGGUUUUCUUCUAGUGGAGGUCCAGUUCUAAAUCCCAAGAGUCGUAUUGUGAUCCGCAUCGAAUUCCACAUGGCCGUCCCGAUAAGUCGGGUCGACUUGAUCCCCACCGAACCUCAGGGAGGAAAAAAUUGUUCACGUGUUUCCGAUCCCCUUGGAUUCGAUUGGAUUGUGAUGAGUGAUAUACUGGGCAGUCUUGUGAAGUUGCGUGUGUUCCCCGACCCGGAAAAUUUAGUCACACCGAGAAAAGAAGAUAGUGAAAGCGUUGUUUCCACCCGACUGGCAUCAUUUAAUAUUCAACUUAUCCCCUACGAUAAUUCCAUGAAUAUUGUUCGCUCCGCCAAACCCUUCUAUACUUGCACAGUGCCUUUGAUUGGAAAAUCGACAACAGACAAUCGUCUCGAGUGUGGAGAUAUUUGUAGCGACAUUGCUCUUCAGUUGGAUGUGGAAAAAGUAUGUAGUUCGGAAUUUGGUUACUCUCGUCCAGCGGACAACGCGAUCACAUUGCGUAUUGAGUGGUUGAACUUGGCCGUCAUAAAUCGCACCGAACACAGCGCAUUUGAUGAUCUGGAAAGUCUGCAACGAUAUCAAAUGCUAACGGGGGUGGUGCUCUUGGAUGCGUUUGAUAAGUACUUCAUUGCUCGACGUAGUCAAGAACUGCAGUCAAAAACAAGUGAACUGAAACGUGUUUUGGGAAGCGUCAAAUCCGACAGUACCAAUGACGGGCGAUUAUCAUUUCAGCACAGUGUGGAAACAUCCCCAGUAUACAGUGGGCGUGUUCUCCCAGCCGGAGAAGAUGAAUCGUGCGUAAAGCGAGAAGUCUCCAAACAGGUUGUGAGGCAGGUUACUGAAAAUCGUCAAAAUAACUUUGAGGCAGGACAAAGCAGACAACCGGGACAGUUGGUACAUCGUCGAAGUCAUCAGGGUGAAUUACUGACCGAUCGAAAUCAUAUAUCCAGCUUUCACACACCUCCGAUUUUUGUGGACGAAAGUCCGGAGCGCAAUGGUUCGCAUACACGCAGUCUCACGCCAGCAGCAGCACCAGCAAGUUGGCGUCGUCAUAGCUCCUGCCUUGAGGAUGUAGGUUCAUGCCAGCAGCGUGCACGUCGUCGGCUUCCAUCCCCUCCCAAUACUGCCGUGCCUAUGACAGCUGAUGGACACCUGUCGGUGAAUUUCUGCGGAUCGCCAAACUACGCAAGUAGCCCUCGUCUGACGGCGCGUAGUUCGUUUGAGCGUCAUGAAAACUGA